ACCUGAGACUGGAAGGUUCACCUUCCGGCCACAGGGGGCGCUGCUGCCCACUGUUAGUCACCACGGCCGGAAGCACAAGGACGAGAACGAGCGUGGAGUCUGCAAAAGUUUGGUGAAUGUUAAAACCCAAUAAAAACAGCCUGGACAUGAACUGGCCGCUUCCACCGCACCAUGGAGAUGAAAUCUGCGUGGUGGACAUGCACACGGGUGGGGAGCCGCUACGCAUCAUCCUCAGUGGCUACCCAGAGGUCCACGGGGACAGCGUGCUGUCCCGGCGCCGGUAUGUGCGGGAGCAUCUGGACCACCUCAGGAAGGCCCUGAUGUUUGAACCGCGGGGACACUAUGACAUGUACGGGGCCCUGAUUGUGGACAGUGAGCGGCCUGAGGCCGACCUCGGCGUCCUGUUCAUGCACAACGAGGGCUACAGCACCAUGUGUGGACACGCGGUGAUCGCGCUCGGACGCUUCGCUGUGGACUACAAACUGGUGAAAGAACCCCAGUCGCCAGAGACGCAAGUCAACAUUCACUGUCCCUGUGGGCUGGUCAAGGCGUUUGUGGAGUAUUCUGAUGGCAAAACAGGAGGAGUGAGGUUUCACAGUGUGCCAGCGUUCGCAUUUGCUACAGAUGUCACAGUGACGGUUGAGGGCUUAGGAGAGGUUACGGUUGACAUCAGCUACGGAGGAGCCUUCUACGCCUUUGUAAACGCACAGAGGUUUGGUUUGGAUGUGACCAAGUCCAGGACUCGAGAUCUGGUGGAUGCUGCCACAGCGGUGACGAACGCUGUCAAGUCCCAGGUGAAGUUGCGCCACCCAACCAGUGAUGAUCUGGCUUUUCUGUAUGGCACCAUCCUCACCGAUGGUAAAGAUGAGUUUUCCUCUGAACCCACGGCCAACGUUUGUGUGUUCGCAGAAUCUCAGGUGGACCGAAGUCCCACAGGCUCUGGCGUUACAGCUCGAGUAGCUCUACAGUACCACAAAGGUCUCAUCCAGCUGAACCAAACCCGGACAUUUCAGAGUGGAGCCACUGAAUCCCAGUUCACAGGAAAAGCUAUUGAGGAGACCAAAUGUGGCGACUUCAGGGCUGUAGUGGUAGAAGUAGCAGGCAGAGCCUUCUACACCGGAGUUUCAAGGUUUGUGCAGGAACCAGGUGAUAAGCUGACACAUGGGUUUCUGCUGAAGUGAGCUGCACUUUAAUUUUCUAUUUCAACACUAAAGUAUGUAAACAGAGAAGAACUUUUUGUUUGUAAUACUGAAAUUUGAUGUACUUCGAGUUAAAAUUUUUAAUGGUUUUCUCUGUAACCUUAUCUAAGAAAUAUGAUGCUAAAACUCCAGAAUAUUUCAGUUACUGACAACAAAGGCAUGUAAAGUAGAAUAAUAUAAACCAAACAUUGUCACAUUAUUCUCUAAAGUAGACACUGAGAGCUUCAUGGUCAUUCAGCAGAACCUAGUGGAGGACAGCUCCACUUUCCCAAUAAUUUAAUCUGGAAACAGUUUUUUUUUUAAUGAUUAAAUGUAAGAAUAGCAGGUUGAGUUUCUGUUUAAUAGCAGAUACCAACCACUAGGUGGUGCUGUGAUACUGACAACUCUCAGACUUAAGGCUAAAGCUGCAUAAUCAACGUUUAAUAAUCAAAUAAAUAGACAAACCUG